AUGGCCGCCUCCAGCUUCGCCACGCCAAUUGGCAUAAAUAAAACGCUCAACUAUCUUGAAGGACGCCACCAUGGCAUUGAACCGUCUAUCAAACCUUGGGUCUGGAUCUCUCUCAUGCUGCUUGGUCCAAUGUCGAAAUCUCUAGUCGAGAACUGGGGCUCUUAUGUGUUGCAGACAAAGGUCAACGUCCGUAUCCAAGCGUUAAUAAGACAACUGGUAUUCGAUCAUAGCCUGCGAAUCAGAAUGAAUGCCGACACCGAAGAACUGGAAUCGGUCAAAGAUGAUGUUGCACAUGCUCCAAGCGAUGCUGAUACCAUUGUAUCUGAAGGGGACAAUUCGGCUGGAAUUACUGACGACGGUGCUCAAACUACGGACGGUUCUGUCAAAGCUGAUUCCUCCUUAGAAUCUACGGAAGUUGACUCUCAUGAUGAGCCUACACGGUCACAAAAGGAAACACCUUCAAAACAUUCUGUCCUUCCACCGUCAAAUAAACCUCCCGUUCAGGCUAAAAAUCUUAUUGGAAAAUUGAACAACUUGGUGACGACUGAUCUUGUCAAUAUUGUGGACGGCGGCGACUUUCUGACAGUUGGUUUAUAUGUUCCGAUGCAAAUAACCUUUUCCAUCAUAUUUCUGUAUCAAAUAUUUGGUUGGAGUUCCUUUGUAGGUCUUGUUGUGAGCGGUGUACUAGGACCUGGCUUUGCACUUAUUGGCAAGAAGGUUCAAAAGGUCCAGAAGAUAAGAAUGAAAUUUACAGACGCCAGGGUUCAAGCCAUAUCAGAAGCUAUGGGCAUCAUACGGAUGAUCAAGAUGUUCGGUUGGGAAGAUAAGAUGGCGAAACGUCUUGCUCGUGCACGAGACAUAGAGCUAAGUUGGUUAUGGAAAGCCAAGGUGCUUCAAAUCAUCAAUAGAAUCGUUGCAACGUUUAUACCGAUGAUAUCAAUGUUUGUCACAUUCGCGGUAUACACUGGAGUUAUGAAAGAAAGGCUUACAGCCUCUAAAAUCUUCUCGAGCACCGUUGUCUUUGGUAUAUUCAGAGAACAAAUUUCUAGGUUGUCUCAGCAGCUUGUUUAUAUUAUUCAAGCAAAAGUUUCUCUGGAUCGUAUCAACUCUUUCCUUCGUGAAACUGAGCUUCUUGACCGAUUUACGGAAGGAACAAACUCGUCAGCAGCUGAAAACACAGGUGUCAUUGGAAACGCGGUAGAGGUCGACAUCGGGUUCAGAAACGCCUCCUUUACAUGGAGUGCAAAAGACAUUCAAGAUAUCACACGACCAUCACCUUCAAGGAAUUUUAGGCUUAGAAUCGUGGGCAACCUCAGUUUUAAGCGUGGUUGUGUUAAUCUCAUUACUGGACCUACGGGAUCUGGGAAGACCUCCAUGCUGAUGGCACUACUUGGAGAAAUGCAUUUUAUUGCCGACACCCAAACAUCGUGGGUUAAACUACCCCGUCAGGGUGGAGUAGCAUAUGCUGCCCAGGAGUCUUGGGUUCAAAAUGCAACGAUUAAAGAGAAUAUACUCUUUGGAUCUGCCUUUGACGAAGACAGAUAUAAGAAAGUGAUACAUCAAUGUGCGCUGGAAAAAGACCUGGAACUCUUUGAAGCCGGUGAUAACACCGAGGUUGGGGAGCGGGGUUUGACCCUGAGCGGUGGUCAGAAGGCACGGUUGACUCUUGCCAGAGCGAUUUACUCUUUGGCUGAAAUCAUUCUUUUGGACGAUGUGCUUGCUGCUCUUGAUGUGCAUACGUCGGUUUGGAUCAUAGCAAAGUGCUUCCUGGGGGACCUUGUAAAGGGCCGGACCGUUUUGCUAGUUACUCACAAUACAGCAUUGGCUGAACCCAUUGCAAGCUUAAUUGUGAAGCUUGGACUUGAUGGUAGUAUUAAUAUAGUACACAAGAACACUAAUGAAGUGAAACCGGAAGAUGUUUCUCAUAGCGAGACGGGUCCUCUGUCUGUGUCCAAAGACAAUGACGCUUCGACAUCUCAAUCCGUCGGCGAUGGAAAACUUGUGAUGGCCGAAGAAAUUGUAGAAGGCCGUGUCACGUGGAGGUCGAUAUCACUGUUCCUCUCUGGACUGGGCGGUGACCACCCGAUUUUCUUUGCACUACUCUGGAUAGCGUCACUUGCGGCAUCUCAAGGAUUUUAUCUCCUUCAACCAUGGUAUCUAGGUGUCUGGGGAUCUCAAUAUGAGACUCACGCACCGUCGGAAAUCCACCUUUCGUACUAUCUGCUUGGGUUUUCAGCUAUCAUUAUUUUGAGAGUUAUUCUCAAUUGUUUAACAGCGUGCAUUCUUGGCAUUCGCGCUAUUAGAGCAUCUCGAGUCAUCCACUAUAAACUCAUUGACUCCGUCCUUGGAAGCACUUUACGAUGGUUGGAUGAGACACCGACCGGGCGUAUAAUAUCCCGGUGUACUGGUGACAUCGAAACCGUGGAUCUUUGGAUGAUACAAUCUGUGCAAUACGUUGUGGAUAUGUCCGCCGGAAUGCUUGCCACCUUGGCAACUAUUGUUCUCUUUACACCUGUGUUCGUAAUCCCUGGGAUAAUUGCUGCGCUCUUUGGGGUACUCUUAGGCAAUGUGUAUCUGAAGACACAACUAUCUAUGAACAGGGAGAAGAGUAACGCCCGUUCUCCCUUACUUGCCCAUUUCAGUGCUUCCAUGCAAGGCCUUGUGUCAAUUAGAGCAUAUGGUGCCCAAAAGGCCUUCUCUGAAGAACUACUACGACGUAUCGACUAUCACUCGCGUGCAGUAAGGGCAUCUACGACGAUGAACAAAUGGAUUAAUGUGCGGGUAGAUAUGCUAGGAGCAGCCUUCACGUCAUCGCUUGCAUUCUACCUUGUUUACAUUGGUGACUUGGGUGCAUCUAACACAGGAUUCUCCCUCAAUAAAUCGAUUCGAACAGGCAAGCCUUUUUCAAUACAUAUGUUUUAUUGUUCUGAUUUCAACAGCUUGGAACGUAUACAAGGCUAUCUGGACAUUGAACACGAAUCAAAACCAACCAAAUCUGGUGAGCCUCCAGCCGCCUGGCCAACAAGUGGCGAGAUUCGCGUGGAGGGUUUAAGUGCUAAAUACUCAAAGUCUGGUCCAAAUAUUCUGCACGACCUAUCUUUCCAUAUAUUGUCUGGCCAGCGAGUGGGAAUUGGCACACUGCGUCAAAAUUUGGACCCGUUCGAUCAGCACGAUGACGAUGUGUUGAAUGACGCUUUGCAAUCAUCUGGCCUGUUUUCAAUUCAAGAAAGGUCGUCCGAGAAUGUUCGGCUGAAUUUGGAGACCCAAAUUGCCGGAGGUGGAAGCAACCUCUCCGUCGGUCAAAGGCAAAUCAUAGCCCUUGCCCGUGCCAUGGUGCGUAGGAGUAAGCUCCUGAUCUUGGAUGAAGCGACGUCUGCAAUCGGUCAGUGGAUACUGAUGUCUGUAAUAACCAAGAAGGCUGAAUAUUUGGUUAAAGACUACAACACCGACUCUCUCAUUCAAAAUACAUUGCGAAGCAAGCUCGGACCUGAUGUCACUGUCAUAAUUGUUGCACAUCGCUUGCAGACCAUCAUGGACGCAGACAAAAUAGUAAGUGCAUAUCGACUCCAUGAUAUUGAUGUCUUGCUGAACAGUGAAAACCCCAAGAUGGUUCUGGAUAACGGCAAAAUCGCUGAGUUUGACACUCCUAAGACUUUGUUAUCCAAUAACACAGGGAUGUUUCAUGCCUUGGUCGAGAGAAGCGCUGAUAAAGAGAUGCUGUAUGAGCUGGCGGAAAAGAAAUCCUAUGUAGCUACUGACAAUUGA